AUGGGGCCGUUUCGCAGCAACAGCCGCCGCGUACCCGCCAUCCUCGCGCUCGUUGCAAUCACAUUCGCGACGCUCGCCGCGUCGCAGGCGUUCGCGGGGAAGAUCAGGCAGGUGUUUGCGUUCGGCGACCAGGCGUUCGACACGGGCAUGAGUCGCUUCUUCAGCCAGUCCAUCUGGAAGGCCACCGCGCCGCCUUACGGUCAAAAUUGGGGCAAGGUAUCGGGCCGCUUCAGCAACGGCCGUCUCGUCCUUGACUUUAUCACGUUUCGUCUGGGACUCCCGAGCCUCUUCGCGUACCAUCGCAAGCCACUCGUGUCGAAGCAGGGAGCGAGCUUCUCGACUGCCGCGGCUGGCGCGCGUAACUGGGUGUAUGCGGGGAAGACACGCAGCCUGCAGACCCAGAUAGCGUACAUGCAGGAGUACAAGGACAAGCGCAAGAACAACCCGCAAGUGAUGCUCGACCAAUCACUGAUUAUGAUCAGUGCGGGAACCAACGACUAUGUGUCGGCGAUUCUCGGGCAGUCGGACGGGCAGAGCAUGGAGCAGGUGCUGUCUGCAACGACAGGGGCGAUAGUCAAGGCAGUACAGGACCUCAACGCAAUGACCAAGACCACCAAGAUUGUGGUCUUCGACGUGCCUCCUCUCGGGUGCAUCCCUGCCGUACGCUACUUCAAGAAAACCCCGGCGGGGCAGUGCGACGAGGCGAGCAACAAGAUAGCAGACCAGCACAACACGGGCGUGAGGGCCAAGCUGGAUAAGCUGAGGCAGGGGGGGGUGACCAACCUGAUUCUCUUCAAACAGAGCACCGUGUUCCGAGUCAAGGCCACUGCUGCAGGUGGUUUCAUUGACAAGACGUCGGUUUGCUGCGAGGGUAAAACACCCAGCGGAAAGAUGAUAGCCUGCGGGCAGACGCUGAAAGAGGGCGGCAAGAGCUACAGUGCAACAGUAUGCAAGGACCCUACUAAUCUGUCGCUCUUUCGUUUUCCCCUCCUUUUCCUCCCACUUUCCCCUUUCCCCCCCAUCACCACCCCCAACCCACCCCGCCCCCCUCCUUCUCACUUCUUCUCCUUCUCACUCCCCUCCUCACUCCCUCCGGGCUGGCCAGAGGGUUUUCUCCCGAGUGCCUCCGCUACUGUGCCAGCAACGGCACCUGUGCGCACGGUGCAUUGCCUUCGCUACUGUGCCAGCAACGGCACCUGUGCGCUCGGUCCCUUUGGCUACAUUGUGUGCAUGUGCAAUGCUGGUUACCACAUGCUCAACAACCAGCCUCCCUGUCUAUUGCCUGCUGGUUCGGACGGAGGCUCGGCAUCCCCCUCACAGCCCAUCUCCUCCUCUCCAACCACCAACGUCUCGCAGCCUCCCACCAACUCCCCCUCUCCCUCCUCCUCUCCCUCCUCCUCUCCAUCCUCCUCCCCACCCUCACCCUUCUCCUCCUCUGCCUCUCCGGGGUUGAUAAUCGGCAUUGUGGUUGCUGUGCUGCUGCUGCUAGUGGCUGCAGGGUUGGUCCUUUUUCUAUGGCUCAGGCGCAGGGAGAGGCGCAAGGGAGGGUUGGAGGCGGGGAAAUCCGGCAAGGCGGCUCAUUCGACUGUCCAUGCAGCAGGAGAAGGUAAUUGGCACAGGAGGAGACGCAUAGGAGGGCUGGAGGUGGGGACAGGUGGCAAGGCGGCCCAUUCCACUGUCCAUGCAGCAGGAGAAGGUGAAUCCUUCCAGAAAGGGCAGCAGGGUGGGGGGGGCGUUGGAGGGGGGAGCAUUGACUACGCGCCUCAAGUGUGUCAGAGAUUCGCCCUUGCUGACGUGGCACGGGCCACGGGUGGCAGCGAUGCCAACGAAGCACCAUCCCAACCUCGUCCGUCUGCUCGGUCACUGUGUGGACAUGCACCCAGCAGCACCGCACUGCACUCCUACUCCCUUUCCUCCCCUUCCUCCCUCUUUAGCGACCCAGCAGCACAGGGCGACCUGAGCAUGGAGCAAAUCGUGGUGUACGAGUUUAUGCCCCAGGGGGACUUGGAGCGGUGGGUGGGGGAGGGGGCGGCACAGCCGCUGCCGGUGGCGCAGCGCCUUGCGGUACAGAGCGGUGCAGAGAGGUACAGAGUGGUGCUGAGCUUUAUCAAGGGUUUAGGUGCGGUGCCAGCCGGUGUUGUCCUCUUCGGCGUGGUGAUGCUCAUGGUGCUCUCGGCACGCCCAGCAGUCACUGCCAAAUGGGCGGAGGACCUAAUAAAAUCGGGGAAAGCAGACCAACUCAAGGACCCCCGAUUGGACGCUCUGGCAGAUUUGAUUCUGCGGAUGGCGCAGCUGGCGCUGCGCUGCACUGCCAUGCCGGCCGCGUCUCGUCCUGACAUGGUGCAGGUGAUAUCUGAGCUCACAGCGCUGAGGAGGGAGUACCUGGGGGAGGCGUUACCUGGGUUGGCUGGGGGGGAAGAUGAGGAGGUGGAGGGGCAGAUGGGUGGGUGUUUUGAAGGUGAGCUUGCUGCUACCGAGAAAAUGGUGAAGGGAGGCAGUGCAGAGGUGUGA